AUGGAUUUCCCGAUUCAGAAAUCCCUCGACUGGGAAUAUCCAGACAUGUUCGGUCGCAGUGGAAGGCAAGCGCUUCGUUUGGCUGGGCGUCGCUCAGUUACGCAUCAUCGGCUAUGCGCUCGCAAUUUUUCUGCGAAUACCGGCUCCGGAGCUGCUACUACAGGAGCCGCUCCUUCACCUCUAGCAGGAAUCACCGCGGAGUUAGACCGCAUUGCUCCCCGAUUUGAGGUGCCUGCGUCUCAAAUUCAUAUUAUUGAUAGUCCAUCCAAUUUCUAUUCGACAUUGAAGAAUAAAAUCCGCAAUGCCCGACGCCGCGUUUACCUUUCUACAUUGUACGUUGGCAAGACUGAACAUGAUCUCAUCGAUACUUUGGGCCAGGCUCUUCGCGAAAACCCUGAUCUCAAGGUUUCAAUCCUCACAGACGCUUUGCGCGGUACACGGGAGACGCCGAAUCCGUCAAGCGCAUCACUCCUUUGCUCGUUGGUCGAGGAGUUUGGACCCGAACGAGUCGAGGUUCGGAUGUUCCAUACUCCCAACUUGACGGGCCUGCGAAAGAGAUGGAUCCCAAAUCGUAUUAACGAGGGUUGGGGCUUGCAGCACAUGAAACUAUACGGUAUCGACGAUGAGAUCAUCCUAUCAGGAGCAAACCUGUCCGAGGAAUAUUUCACCAGGCGUCUAGAUCGAUACCAUGUGUUCGACUCCGCGGUGCUCACCGAAUACUACGCUCGAAUUCAUCAUGCAAUCUGCAGUUUGAGCUUCCAGGUGCUGCCAGAUCCUGAAAAGAAAUCCAGCUAUGUUUUGGAGUGGCCUUCCACAAACAAAGCACCUUCACCUCUUGAGAGCUCGCGGGAGUUCGUUGCAUAUUCUUCGGCGUUCUUGAGCCCGCUCAUUCAGGCCUCCGACAACAAACCUGCACUUCAAUCCUCAUCAAGUCAAACCUAUGUAUACCCUGUAUCGCAGUUCACUUCUAUCUUGCAACCUGAGGAUACAUCUACCGAAUACCCCGCCGUGACGACUAUUUUGGGUCUUCUGUCCAACUCAUCGGUAUUCGCCGGUGCUCGCUGGCUCUUCACAGCAGGUUACUUCAACAUUCACCCUGUCCUUUCCUCCCUACUCAUUUCGAGCACAACAACCGCUUCCAAGGAUCCUACCACCACAAAAGGCACUGUUCUCACGGCCUCACCGUGGGCAAAUGGUUUCUUUGGCUCUUCUGGAAUAUCAGGUAUGCUGCCAGCUGCAUACACGCAUCUUUCCGCCCGCUUCCUCGAUCGCGUCGCUGCAGCAGGUGCCACCGACUCCGUUCAAUUGAAAGAAUGGCGUAAGGGUACUGUCGGCACACCAGACGGGUGGACUUACCAUGCCAAAGGUCUGUGGGUCACACUUCCGCACGAGGAACACCCCAGCGUCACCUUCGUCGGUAGCAGCAAUUACACAAAGCGCAGCUACAGCCUAGAUCUCGAGUCAGGCGCGGUUGUCGUGACGAAUGAUCCGGACCUCAAGCGGAAGCUAGGCGAGGAGACAGAGCGGGUUCAGAAAAACGCCAGCCCUGUCUCCAGAGAAGACCUGAUGCGGACGGAGAGGCGAGUCACAUGGAAUGUGAGACUUUCCAUGUGGAUUGUGGAGAAGGUCGGCGGCGCUUUCUAA